AUCUGGGGGCGCGAACCACCAAAAAAAAAUAACAAAAGAAGAAGAACUACACAGAAAACAAUUCAUGCUAGCUUGGUACGAGCAGGAAAUCUUAAUUGUAUUUGUUUUCAAAUUUAGGCUUCAGAAAUCUGGAAAAUAGAGCGGCAAUGUUAUGUAUGAAGACAAAAAGAGACGGAUAUCAGCCAAUUGGUUUUAGCAGGUUUACAUUUUGGCAGUAAUUUACUGGAAUAGGUUCAAAUUUACUAGAUAGCAUCCUUUCUGUCGGGGCAACACCAACACACCGUUUUCAACUUCACGUCCCAAGGCCAAGGUGAGCCCCACUGAGUCUCCAUGGCUUCAUCAGAGGUAAACAUGCAGGAAAUGAAUGAGGUUGUGAUCGUCACCUUACCAGAAUCGGGGAGCGAGGACCUCCCCUCUGUGGCAGUGGAGGAUAAAGCAGUGCUGGUGACUGCAGAGUUGACCCCUCAGACCGGGGAGAAUGUCCUCACAGUAGCACCAAUGGAAGCAGAGGCCAUCAGAGCAGAUUCACUGGCAAAGGAAGACGCAAUGAUUGUGAAAUUAAGUGAAGAGGUGGAUGUGGAAGCUGAUGUGUUCUACCCAAUCACAUGCGGAGACGUCAAAGCCACUCUGAUCUGGAAGAAAUUCGUCUGCCCUGGGAUAAAUGUGAAAUGUGUCCAGUUCAAUGAGCAGCUCAUCAGCCCAAAGGAGUUUGUGUGUUUAGCAGGGAAAUCCACUCUGAAGGACUGGAAGAGAGCUAUCCGACUCAAUGGCACCAUGCUCAGGAAGAUCAUGGACUCUGGUGAACUGGACUUCUAUCACCACACAAAGGUCUGCUCCAACACCUGCCGCAGUACUAAAAUAGACCUGGUGGGAACUAAAGUGUCCAUCAGCACUGAUUCGUCGGGCGAUGUGAUUCCCGCCACGCCUUCAUCAGCUGAUUUGAAUGGAGCUGCAGCAUCAUUUCCAGAGGUGAUGGAGGAAGCUUCAGGCUGGGUCACAGCCAUCGGAGAGGACUCCAUUGCGUUCUGGCGUGCAGUGAAGGAGGCGGGGCUGCUGGAAGAGGUGGUAGAGGACUUCCAGAAUGAGCUGCAGGAGGUGCUGAAGGGGCUGCAGGAGAGAGUAUGUGACCCACCGCUGCAGGUCAAAGAUGCUGUUUUACUCAACAACAUAGUGCAGAACUUUGGAAUGCUGGACCUUGUGAAAAAGGUUCUGGCUAGUCACAAGAGCCAGAUGGACCGUUACAGAGAGCAGUACACUCGCAGCUUAGCCGCCCUGGAGCAGCAGUGUGACGAGCACAGGAAGCGAGCCAAGGAGCUGAAGAACAAAUCGCAGCACCUCAACAACGUCCUGAUGACCCUCACGCCGGUGUCUGUGCCUCCCGGGCCCAAGCGUCCCCGGCUGACGCGUGCUGUCUCCGGUCCUGCCGCAGUCAACGCUGCACCCACCCAGAUCACCCUGCCUCUUAGCCAGCUGACCAGCCUCCCGCUGGGCAAGGUGCUGACCAUGGCAGGAGCCCAGCCCAGCACCAAUGUUGGCUCGUACACCCUCCUGACCUCCUCGCUCUCUGGGUCAGAGCUUUCAGCUGAUGGCUCGAACUUGACAGUUUUGUCCACUGCUGCCGGUCAGGAAGGGACAGCUGCAGCCAGCAGCCAAGCAGCCUCAGGGGCCUUCGUUAAGUUGGUGGGACCUCAGUUCCAGCUGGUGACGCUGCAGGGUCUGGCCACCACACAGGGCGCCGCUGUCCAACAGCAGGUUGGCACCAUCAGUGUUGUCGACGCCUUGGCAGCCACCGCCGACGAUUCCGAGGAGGCAAACCAGCUGGAUGAUGACGAUAAAGGUCAGCCAGAGCAGGUUAAAGAGGAAGACGGGGACCAGUAGGCCCAGCAGCAGUGAAAUACAGCCUGGCUGUUUGCUCCCUCAUCUGGCUUCUGAUUGGCUUCAGUUUGCAGUGGACGCAAGGUGGAGGUGAAGGCCUGCGAACCCUUUGACUUUUCCACACUGUUUCAUGCAUUUCAAGACAUCCAUAGAUCUUUAUUAGAAACUGAACAGGUGUUGUGACUGUAUAUUUCAUCUGUAAUAAAAUAUGCAUCACGUCUGUCUGCUUAUUCCACACAGGAAGAUUGUUUAGUUUGAUAAUAAAUGCUUGUUUUUUUAAAGAAAAGUUCAGGACUUGAGGAUUUUUGUAAAACUUAUUUUUAUAAUUCAAAAUUUCAUUUAAAAAGAAAAAGAGUGAAGGGAUUUUUGAAUUGUCCUGACCUUCCAUGACUGUUUGCUGUGAUGUUACUCACUUAAUAGAGUCUAAAUUCACUAGAUUAGAAAACACUGUUAAAGUACUGGGUCUUAUAUCGUGCUUUUCUAUUCUACUUGAACACUCAAAGCACUUUGUACAACAUGCUUUAUGCUUUUCUGUCUAACAUUCAUCCUCUGACACAUGCAUCCGAUAGCAUGUUGGGAUUUAACUCCACCAACCUUCCAGUAGAUGACCUGCUCCACCUCCUGGGCUACAGCCACCAGUGUGUUGACACUUGCAUGAACUAAUUUGGUAUUUUCCAUUGAAAGAGAGCGAAUACUACUGAUAUAUUCAAAAUUAUUCACUAUAUGGAAUCUGCUUUCUCUGCCCCGAGACUCUGAAUCCUUCUGUUUUCCAAACAGAUUUGUACAUGAGCACAGGCUCCCUGCUUCAUGCUGUUCUUUGGCACACUGGGUGUGGUCAGGAGAACACUUUAAAAUAGGCUAAAAAACAUUUAAGCUUAACCAGUACACGACUUACGCUGGUUGGAGUAUGUAUCAUGAACUCAGCAUUAACAUGUAAAUGACAAAAGCUUUGUGUUAAUUAUACUUCACAUUGAGGAAAGCAGAUGUACAGGUAUUUAAUUGAUUGUUACUCUUGUUGCAUUAAAGUUUUGUGACCCUA